AUGUUCGAGGAGGAGAACGAGCAGGAUCAGGAGGUCACCGCGGCCACAAUGCGACGAUUGGCUUUUGAGAAGAUUGACGAUGAUUAUUAUUUGGGAGCUGGCGGUCCUGAAGACGUCGUCGAGUCUGACGAUGAAGCGAGCUCCGACGAUGAGGUCAAAUCGCAUUUGCGGAAACUCGCCGGCGUCGAGACGACGAAAAUGACGAAGGACGCGUUUGGGAGGCGACGGCGAAGAUCGGAGUUUGAGGACGAGAUGGAUGAGGAGCUUGAUCGAUCGAUUAGCGAGUACGCUUGCGAGCAUAUGGGCGCCGCGUCGGCUGCCGUCCGAAUCGAGGACGUCACCGAUGAGGAGGAGGAGGCGAAGCAGCGCGCCCAUCGAAACGCUUCGGAGAUUGAGCAGCAAAUGGUUUCGCUCGAGCUGUUGCCGUAUGACGUCGAGUUGACCGACAGCGAAGUUGAUCCGGAAAUGCCGGCGGCGGUGUUGAAGGACGACAAUGGGGUGCCGCUGAAAUUGGUGUACAGUUGUAGACGCGGCGAGAAGUUUGACAUUGUGGAGCGCAAGAAGCGGCAAAAGGAGCGGAGGAUGCGAGUUGCGGCGUCGAGGCAGCCGGAGAAGCAGCGGAGAGAGGAGAUGAUGAGGAAUGUCGCGGAAGGGUAUAAGGAAGCCGUUGGGAGUGCUCCGCAGAAGAAGAGGUUUGCCGAUGGAGGCGCUUCGUCGCAGCCGUUGGCUUCGAUCUUGAAGAAGAGCAAGAAGAAGGAGGAGGAGCCGAUGGAAGAGGAGUCGAAGGAGAAGGAGGACGAGGAUGAGGCGAAUCCGAUCAAGAAGGCGAUCCGCGAGAGGGAGAAGGAGAUUGAGAAGAAUGACGAGCUGUUCUAUGAUGAUGAAGAGGAUGAGGAGAAUGAGAAAUGGGUGAAGGAUCGGCGACGCGAGGAUCGCGGGGAUGAUCUUCCCGGUGACAAUGAGAUUGAUGGGGUUCUAUCGUGCCCGGGUUGCAUGAUCGAGCUGACGAGGGAUUGUCAACGGCAUGAGAUCUACAAGACGCAGUAUCGAGCCAUGUUUGUUUCGAAUUGCCGACUUGACGAUGAGAAGAUGACGGUUGAGAAGACGGGCAAGGCGAGGAGAAAGGAGAAGCAGAGACAGGUGAGAGCAGGUGUUCCGACGUCGCUCAACGAUGAUGACUUGUUCACGCCGGUGAAGUGCGCCUUGUGCGGCACAUUGGUCGCAAUGAUGGACUCGGACGAGGUCUAUCAUUUCUUCAAUGUGUUGUCUGGAUACUCGUAG